GAAAAAUUAUGUUUCUUCUUUCACUUUUUCAAAUACCUAGUUUAAAAAUGAAUUCCUUCAUCUCCAGCCAUCCCUUAAGGUUUCUUUUAAACAGGGUUGUUUUAAGCAUAAAAACUGUGUGAAAGCCUGCAGGUGAUCCUCAUAUCAAAAGACUGAUGUGAUUUUUAUUUCCUGGAAUGCACUCCCCAAACACCUCACCUGCAGUGCUGAGUUCUUCCAUGCGGGAGUAAGAAGCAGUGGUCCUUUAUAAAUUGUUCUGCCUUCAGUGACUUGAAACAUGCUGUAAGAAGCCACAGAUACUCAGGUUUGGCAUCUCCCUGAAAAUGCAGCACAAGGAGAGUUCUGAAGUCUGCAAGUCAGAGAUCAGUGCUGAGGACAAGAUCUCAAGACUCCCUCUUUCCUGCAAUAUACAGCCUGUCCCUGCCUAUUCCUAGUUAAACCAAGGAGAAAUGUUGAAGACAAGCACUUCAGCACAUCGGCUGCAUUGUCUCAAAGUUGGAUUACAGUCUCCCAUCAAACAAGCCCUACUGAAGCUUGGAAUCCAGCUUAUGGCUGAAGGGAAGAGCAGGCAAACAGGGUCCUGGAGCAGAGAUCUCCAGGACCUCUUCCACCUUCCACUCUGACUGGCUUUCAGAACCAUUUUGGCUGGCAUGGCGUGGCGCCCCUUGAGUGUUACCCAGUUCUUCAUGCAAAGAGAUUUGUCCUCACCAAGAUGAGAGUCAUUCCAAAAGGAGCUUUCAGAGGACUCACUGACCUCGAGAAAAUAGAGAUCUCCCAGAAUGAUGCCUUGGAGGUCAUAGAGGGAAAUGUAUUUUCCGACCUUCCCCAACUACAUGAAAUAAGAAUUGAGAAAGCCAACAACCUCGUGUACAUUGAUCAGGAUGCCUUCCAGUACCUUCCGAGCCUCAGAUACUUGUUGAUAUCAAACACUGGCCUUCGGUUUUUACCUGCUGUCCAUAAGGUGCAUUCUUUCCAUAAAGUUUUGCUGGAUAUUCAAGACAAUAUCAAUAUACGUACAAUUGAAAGGAAUUCAUUCAUGGGCCUCAGUUCUGAAAAUCUGAUUCUAUGGCUGAAUAAAAAUGGGAUUCGGGAAAUAGAGGAUCAUGCAUUUAAUGGAACCUUCCUGGAUGAGCUAAAUCUAAGUGAUAAUCACAACCUCGAAAGACUACCAAAUGCGGUCUUCCAAGGAGCCAGUGGGCCUAUUGUUUUGGAUAUUUCAAGGACGAGAAUCAGCUUCCUGCCAAGUCAUGGAUUAGAACUCAUUAAGAAGCUAAGAGCAAGGUCUACAUACAAUUUAAAAAAGCUUCCUGAUUUAAGCAAAUUUAGAGCUUUGAUUGAGGCAAACUUCACCUAUCCCAGCCAUUGCUGUGCAUUUACAAACUGGAAAAGACAAAACACUGAAAUACAUCCAAUAUGCAGUAUAUCAUCUCAGAACAAGCAAGACACUGAUGAGCAGCCUGGCAAUAAGAUCCGUAGACAACCUGCAGCUGAAGAGGAUAGUUCCAGCUAUGGUGUAGGAUUUGAUCCAGCAGAGAAUGAAUUUGACUAUGGUUUGUGCAAUAAAGUAGUUAACGUAGCUUGCUCACCUAAACCUGAUGCUUUCAAUCCAUGUGAAGAUAUCAUGGGCUACAACACUCUGAGAAUUCUGAUAUGGUUUAUCAGCAUUUUAGCUAUCACUGGGAACAUUGUUGUCCUCAUUAUUUUAAUAAGCAGCCAAUACAAACUCACCGUACCUCGCUUUCUAAUGUGCAAUCUUGCAUUUGCAGACCUCUGCACAGGUAUCUACCUAUUGUUUAUUGCAUCUGUAGAUAUCCAGACCAAAAGCCAGUACUACAACUAUGCCAUAGACUGGCAAACUGGAGCAGGAUGCAAUGCUGCAGGAUUUUUUACAGUGUUUGCAAGUGAGCUCUCAGUCUACACACUGACUGUGAUAACUCUGGAAAGGUGGCACACCAUCACCUAUGCCAUGCAGCUGCACCGCAAGGUCCGACUUCGUCAUGCUGUGAUUGUAAUGAUUUUUGGCUGGUUGUUUGCUUUUACAGUGGCACUUCUUCCCAUAAUUGGGGUCAGCAGCUACAUGAAGGUCAGCAUCUGUUUGCCCAUGGAUAUAGAAACACUGUUUUCUCAGGGUUACGUUGUAUUUCUUUUAGUGUUGAAUGUACUCGCAUUUAUGAUUAUAUGUGCCUGCUAUAUCUGCAUCUACUUUACUGUGAGAAACCCUAAUGUGGUCUCUUCAAACAGUGACACCAAGAUUGCCAAGCGCAUGGCCAUCCUGAUCUUCACAGAUUUCCUCUGCAUGGCACCAAUAUCUUUCUUUGCAAUAUCAGCCUCACUCAAGGUUCCUCUCAUCACGGUCUCCAAAUCCAAGAUCCUACUGGUUUUGUUUUACCCCAUCAAUUCCUGUGCAAACCCUUUCCUCUAUGCCAUUUUCACAAAGACUUUCCGCAGGGAUUUCUUUGUUUUAUUGAGCAAGUUUGGUUGCUGCGAAAUGCAAGCCCAGAUUUACAGAACAGAGACGACCUCAUCUCAUAAUUUCCACACGAGAAAUGGCCAUUGCCCUCCUGCAUCAAAAAGCAGUGAUGGAACUACUUAUGCAUUGGUUCCUCUGAAUCACUUAAAAUGCUUGCGUGAAUUCGUGUCUGAGGCAGUGUGAUAAUCAGUUUCAACUGUGAAUUUGAAUAAUGACAU